CUCUCGUGAUACGCUACUGGUCGGCCAUCUGAACUGCUAAUCUAGAAGGCUGUGGCAUUUUCACGUGUAGUAUCAGUGUAUAGCGCGAAUUACAGCUAGUUUAGUAUUGAAUCAUUGUUUAAGAUUUUUCAUAUAAGUUUAAUGAAAAUGAAACGAUUUAACAAGCAAGAGGUGCAUAAGCACAAGCUAAUCUUUCCAACAGCAAAACGACGAAACAUUUCAUGUGUUCAGUGCAAGCAUCCCUUCUUCGUACGAGAUUUUUGCCAACUUCAGGGAUCUUUAGUUCCUUUACUUUUGAGUUGUGGGCAUCCUAUAUGCGAGAAAUGCUCUGAGUUGAAUGUUAAUAAAAUUUGUCCACUCUGCAAAAUUGUUGAAGAAAAAGAAACCAAAUCAAAUCUACAAUUAAAUGCAUAUGUAAUGGGUUUAAUAGGAUUUGGUCAUGGUUGUUCAAGUAAUGACGAUGAUCCUGAUAUUACUUUCCAACAUCCAGUAGGUUCUCGGCACAGACAGACCCAAGAUCAAGGUCAUUGCUGUGAAUGUGGAAUGCAAGCAGCAUGUCGAUGUCAAGACUGCAGUGUGCUUUAUUGUGAGCUAUGUUACACAAAGAUUCAUGGAAGGGCUUUACAAAAUCAUCACAAAAUUAUACUUCCACAAACUACCAAACUGAAUUUCACAAGCAUAACAAUUUUUUGUUCAGAUCAUUCCUCUGAAUAUCUUGAAUAUUACUGCACUGAGUGCAAUAAAUCCAUAUGCCCACAUUGUGCAGUGAACUCUCAUAAUGGACAUAAAAUCAUUAAGCAGGAAGAUAAGAAUGCUGAAUUAUUAGCAGAAUUCACAAAGGCCCAGGAUAAGGUUGCAGAAACAAUGCAGCGCGUUCACCAGGUUCAAAAGAAACUUAAGAGUGCUCAGGUGUUUCCGGACGUUCUGCAGAACAGCGCGGGCGUUGAAGCUUCUAUAAAUCAACACUUCUGUCUACUUCAUGGUGUAUUGCAGAAUGUUGAGAAGGAACUUGUCGACAAGCUCUACGGACAGCGGCACCGGCUUAGGAGGAAUCUCAAGGAGAUCGAGAAUGAGCUCGAGAUGCAGGAGGAUGUGCUUCAUUCUUGGUUGCUGAUGGCUGCUUCCGUUAAGGAGAGUCUUGACAAGGUGAACUUGAAGAAAGUCAUUGAACAAUUGCAUGAUGUGGCUGAUGUACCCUGUCAUCUCAUACAGGAUCCUAUCUCGGAGGAGGAUACGAUCUCGUUGAAGAUUGACGAGUCCAUUAUAAAAGCUAUUAAAACUCAUUGUCAAAUUCACGUACCGCAGACUGCCAGUUUUAAACUGUCCACGGUUAAGCAUCUUCCCGAUGAUUAUCAGAUAGAACCAGUGAAUCAGGAGGAAGUUCAAAAAAUCAUUAGCAUAACAGAACCGUUCAAGAAGGGUCCUCCCGCAGUGAAGAAGAAAAUCGUGCCUGUCCAAAAGUCAAAGUCAAACAGUUCUGAACUGACAAAAGGAAGCUGCUUAGUCGCCAAAGCGACCUACAUUAAAGACCCAACAUCAUUUUACGUUAUGCCAAUGAGCAAUUCUCAUCUUCAUUCAGAAGUAAGAAAGAAUAUUCAAAUUAUGAAACUUGCUGAUAUCGAUGGAAACAAUUUGACAGUAUCCAAAUUAUACGCCGUACAAUCAUUGAAGGAUCAAAACUGGAAUCGUGGCAGGCUGGUCAAUAUAAACAUAAAGCAGGAAGACUUCACAACGUGUGAUAUAUAUUUCAUUGAUUAUGGAAACACAGAGAAAAAUGUUCCAGUUUCAAAUAUUCAGGAAUUGUCUCCAAGAUUGUUAGCCAUUCCCCCGUUGGUCAUAAAAUGUGCCUUGUUCGAUAUCGUACCAAAGGAUGGUUUGUCGUGGCAUCAUGACGCGCGCAACGAAAUGUAUCGCAUAAUUAAAGGAGUUGACAGAAUGGUCAAUAUACAUAUCGUUGACGUCGUAGGCGAUACUUAUCAAGUAGAAAUGUGCACUAAUCCAUCGAGCGACGGUACCGAGUCCGUGUCUAUCAGAGAUUUCUUGUUAUUCCUUGGUUUCGGUAAUAUGAUCUCACGGCAAACUUUACAGAAAACGAAUCCCCAAUCCAUCCGUAAGUAUUAUUCCGAAGACUUACCGCUGGAGAAGUACCAUACCGUGAUUUGUAAAUGCGUUCUGUCUCCUCAAUUGUUCUACGUACAAAAGGCAGACAAAAAUAUUCAGUACCUUGAGAAACUCAAAGACAGUAUGACAAACUUUUUUGAAACGGAGGGUGCGAUUAAAGGCAUUAUCCAUAUUCCGUCUGUAGGAAUGCCAUGCGCCGCGCCGUACACAGACAAGAAAUGGUAUCGCUGCAGAGUAUGCAGUAUACCUGGUGACAAAAUUGUCGAGGUGUUCUACGUCGAUUAUGGCUAUACACGGGCAAUGCGAUAUGAUGUUAUACGAAAAAUACCGUCUCAGUUUAUGACCUGUGCAACACAGGCAAUUCAGGUAUCUCUAAAGGACAUAGAAUCAUUAAACGAAGAGCAGAAUACGUCUGUGGUUAACUACAUGAAACAACAUCUAUGCAAUACUAGAAUUAAUCUUAUUGCACUUGGCAAAACGCAGUACUCUUACGAAGUUGUAAUCUUCGUUAAUGGUGGUGUUAAUUUCAAAGACAUAAUAGCAGCCCAUCUUAUGGAGAAACCUUUUGUAGGUACAACGCAAGCCAAUGAAAAUGGACCAAAGGUAUGCAAAAAACGGAGGAAGAAACAGCAGCACGCCCUUGAAUCGCAGAAAGCAUUGCUACAAGCUGUUGCUCCAAAUAAUGAAACUUUACCAGUAGCCGAAUGUGAUUCCAAUCCGUUUACAUUGGCUGUAGAUGUCGUUCUUGUAGAAUCUCCAGAUUCCAUCUAUUUGACCGAUUCAGUGCUUCAUCAGGAGUAUUUAAAAGUUCAAGAAGAAAUGCAACAUUAUUACAAUAAAACUCGUACUAUACCAGAAGAGGUUUGGAAGGAGGGUAGCUCAGCCGUGGUUUACUCGGCCCUUGAUAAGCGAUAUUGUCGUGUGAAGAUACUAAACAUUAUGUCGGAUGAUACUGCAGAAGUAUUCUUUUAUGAUUUGGGAAUUCGCGAAGUCGUUCCCAUUGAAAACCUUGACGUUCUCCACCCCAAAUUCGAAAAGACACCAUCCAACGUCUUCAAAGCUAAACUUUUUGGAAUUCUACCCUGCGGCGGUACUGAUACUUGGCCUUCUUAUUCCUGCACGAAAUUGAAGGAAGUCAUUGAGGCGAAUCAGACUAAUAAGUUUUAUAUAGAAAAAAUGGCUAAUUCUGAUAAAGAUGAUACUGUCCUGGUUGACCUUUAUAUAAAACAAUGCAAAACUGAUGGACCGUUUGCUGCAACUAAAACUAUUUUGAGCUCUGUUACUGAGAUGCUUAUCGAGGAAGGCGUUGUUCUGCCAGACAGAGAAAAAAUGGGACGAAAGAAGAAAGUCCUCGCUGUGGAAUUCCGGAAGGAACUGAGACAAAAACAAGACACGACUGAUAUUCCUGAUAUUGAGUGGCUCUUGGGCAACGUUCACAAUAUUUGUCUUUCGAACGACAAUAGUCGCAGUAAUUCACCAGGUUGUACCGAAGAUUCGUGCUUGACAUCAAGAAAAAAUGUUCCAUUGCCACCUAAAAUGGCCUCCUGGCUUCCUGCAGUACCCAUACAAGAAGAUGAAUUUAUUGGAAUUGCAUCAUAUGUUGAUUAUGAAGGUGCUAUAUAUUUGCAUUCCAAAAAACAAAACAAAAAAACAUUGAAAUUCAUUGAGAAUACCUUGAAGAAGGAAUACGAGGACUUUUCAUUAAAAUCUUAUGACAGAAUGUGGACCGUAGGUGACAUAUGUAUUGCUCAGUACCAUGAUAAUAAAAUGUGGUACCGUGGUGUUGUCAAAAAAUUAUUGCCCAAUGACAUCAUUCAGGUGAUGUUCGUCGAUUACGGCAAUGUAGAAGAUUGCGAAAUUGGUACAUUAACAAAGCGAGUUAUUUUGGGACACAUACCGAUUCAAUGUACAAAAUGUUACGUUGAUUCAUUGAAACCAAAUAAAGUAGAUGGAAAGUGGGAAACUGAUGAUUUGGAUAGAAUACAUGCGCUUACAGUCGACAACGAAUUGAAAGUGAAAAUAAUCAAGAGAUAUCCCGAUUACAAUAUCAUUUCUAUCAAUUUGCUGCACCCAAAAAGAAAAGAUUUGAUCUCGUAUCUUGUGAAUGAUUUGCACGUUGAUAUUAACACUAACAAGAGUAUUUCUGUUGAAUCUUCAGAAUCCAAAUCUAAUUGUGAAAACCUUGAUAUAACAGAUGAUGUCGCUGUUCAACAAAUUAUAAUGGAUUCUCCCAUUGAUGAACAUGAAAAGUGUUCAAUGGAUUCCUCGAAUAGUGACGAUGUUUCUGAUGUUGUUAUUUUGGGCACGGACAGUGGUAGUUCUGACUCAAGUACUAAUAUCAGAAUGGAACAAUUAGAAGCUCUAUCGUGGAUGAAUAUGAAUUGUUCUCAAGAACAACACAAUGAUUUUUUUGUUGCUUCCACUCCGCAGGAUGAAAGCUUGAACAAUUCUGUUCCACAAUAUGAAUCACUAACCAUUCCCCAAAGUCUUACGACAGUUCCAUUAAGAGUCGUAUACGUUGCGGAAUUUCCAGUUUUUUUUGCACACAUAAAUACUACUACAAAGGAAUUAAGAAAACCUUUGGACGCGUAUGUAAACAUGCAUGAAACUAUGCAAACAGAAGCCAAAGAACAACCGAUUCUUCAAGAUGUUGAACCAAAUAUUCCUUGCUGUACAAAGUGGAAUGAAGAAUGGUAUCGUUGUCUGAUUAUUGAUUGUAAAUCGACCAACAACUCAGAGGAUGAUACAGUUAAAGUACGAUUCGUUGAUUUCGGGAACGAAGACUAUAUAAUACCUCUUAUGCUCCAUUCUCUAAAAGAAGAAUGGUUACAAAUUCCCAUUGUAUGCUUCAAAUUUCGAGUAUGCAACAUUGAGCCUAUUUCACCAAGUCCCAAGCAGCUUUGCGCAGCAUUUAGUACUGCACUAGAAAAUAAAAUUGUGAUAGCCAAAAUUUUGGAUCAGUACGACGAUACUUAUGACAUAGAACUAUACAUGGAUGCAGAGUGUCAAAAGCCAUUCGGCUUUGAAAGUAUCAUGGGUGAUGGACUAAUCCGAAAUAAAUCAAAAAUUAUAACGGAAGAUAAAGCUAAAGCAGACUAGAUGUCUAAAUGAUAUGACGAUAAUGAAACUA